AUAGUUACUUAAAUUAUAGUUGACAGCCUAAACCACCAUUUUCACGAUCCCUUCUUACUUGAGGGCAAAAUAUUCUCUAGCAGGCCAUUGUUCUCUCCUUUUGUCAACAAUUUCCUCGUAUUGGUCAAACCCCGGAUAGCCUUUCAGUUUGUCAACAAAUAUCUACACAUUUAGAAAAAACUGAUCUCGGGUAUAAACUCCCACAGCAAAGACCAUCAAUAUCCAUCCUGGUCCGUCUGAGCCUAGAAAAUUCUGUCCAAACUCCAAAUCUCUCACACUCGAUCGCAGGCACGCUGGGACAUUCAUGGGUGCCUGUGUUUCAUCUCAGGAGAUAAAGACUAGUAAAUCUAGAGGUAAACUUGAAGGAAUAGGAAGAGGACAAAGACAAGCACAAGAACAAGCAGAUUGGUGCAACAACAAACAGCAGUCCAAGACAACAAAGGUGAUUAACAUGAACUACGGUUGGCUCCAUGAAGUCAAGCUACCGAUGCAGGCCAAGGCUGUCACCUCCCAGAACCCCAACUGCUUCCUCUGCAGCUCCGACUCCUUGUACAUCGGCAAGUGCCCGACACAGGUGCCCCCUGAGGAGGAGCUGCAACCAGGUCACCUCUGCGCUCGGCAAGAACGGCGUUGACUUUUCCUCGAUCAGAUAAAACAUCAUCAUUCCGGUGAGGUUAAUUGAUGCAGAGAUCGGAUGUUGCAGGGCUGUUAGAUUCGUCAGGGCUGUUUUGAAAAGGAAGAUCAGUGUUUCGAGUUCUCGUUAUUAACUCAGGGUCAGGAUAAUUUUAAUUCUGUCCAACGUUAUUAAUGUAAGGCAUAUAAGAAGGUACUAGCUAGUUUUCCUGAUCAAAUCAAUAAGAACUUCACUUCCGAGAUGUGCUGCUGCCAAUUUAAGUAACAAUAUACUGUCAAUUUCUCAAAGAAAGUAAUUUUGGUAGCCUGUAGAAAUGUGGACGAAAAUGCGUAAGAAUGUUUGAACAUUAUGUGGGGGAGCUCUAUCUGAUGCUCAGAAGAAAAGGUGAAGUGAAAAAGUGGGAGAUCAGCCUA